CAUACCCGUUCGGGAGUGAUCUCCUGCGGGCUCACUCGAAGACGACAUAUUUAUAUCUGAAAACUAGCUGAUCAGUUCUACCCAGUAUGGAAACUCCAAUGAGCCUAGUGCCAGGAAAAAGCUCGCAUAGAAUUUUAGGAAGAACGAUUACAGAAGCAUCUAAGGUAACACGACAGGCAUUAAUCGUCGUUGCGAUUUUUUCACUUUGCAUCAUCGUCAUCGUCGCCUAUGUUUUGGGAAGAAAUCCGGGUACCAGAUAUUCCGUCUGCCACUCUGCGGCCUGUCUAGACUACUCUCUGCUCCUUCGAAGCGCCGUGGACCGUGCUGUCGACCCUUGCAACAACUUCUAUCAAUUUGUUUGCGGCACCUGGGAUAGGAACCAUGAGAAGUCUGUUCUCUACGAACAUCGCAUCGCGCAUAUAAACGAAAUUGAAGCAGAAGCCCUCGAAUAUAGUGCAAAGAAGCAGAAUCAGACUGCGAAUGAGAAGGCUGCGAAGUUCUACCAGAGUUGCAUGGACAUUGCAUUGCGUCGUCAGAACGGUGUCCCAGCGCUGAAAGACAUGCUAAAGAAGGGAAACAUCACGUGGCCAACUGUACAGGAACACACUGACCUGCUGCGCGUAAUGGCAUACGCUAAUAUUCAUUGGGAUUGCAUUCCUUUGUUGGACAUCAGCAAAUACACGCUGCCGGAUGGUACUACCGGGAUUCGUUUAUUGCGUUCGCCGUUUCCUUCACUCUGGAAUGACACAAGAAAUGAGAUAUUGCAAUGGGGCCAGUACCAGACGGCUGUUCAAGUAGCGCACACAGUUAUGACGGGAGUGAACUCUACAGUGCAGUUUUUCACGUCUUUCAAAAUACAUGAAGAUCGGAUAUUGACAGGCCUAGGAAACACACUCGAAAACAGCACUCGUGUUGCCUGGAAUGAGGACGAAUUUAAUCAAAGCACCAGGGCGUUCUCUUACCAACGCUGGAGGGAUGUAUUUGAAGAAUAUUUCAAUAUCCCACAGCAUCAAGAGAUGGUAGUGGACCUGGAUAGCGGAUAUCUCAGGGCUCUGGAUGAACUUAUGCUUGAGCUUGGAGAAAAGGCGCUGACAUCGUUCUUUGGCUGGGGAAUACUGCAACAGCUCGGCCACUUAUUCCAUCCCGAUCUGGCUUCUCUUGUGUACGGCAGACGAGCAGACGCUGAUUCUACCUCAGGCUACAGAUGUCUCAUCCUCGUUGAAACCUACAUGGGAAUGGCAGUAACAUCUUUGUAUACUUUCAAGCAUAUUCCCGAAUCGCGGUACAAAGCAGCGAAUGCGGUUCUUGAACGCAUAAAAGCACGGUUGAACGCAACCUUUGAAAGUCCAAUGAAGUCGAACUCUUCCUUCACCAAGACUGUCUUCAUGGAAUCUGUGAACCCGUUUGAACCAUUCGUCAGCAGUAACGUUGAAAGCCUAAACAUAGUUUAUAGGAGCCUGCCGGAUUUCGGCGACACGCUGGCUACGAACCUGGAGCAGGCUAUCGCAGCGUGGAGAUUACGCCGUACCCAUGGUGUUCCACAAGGUGAUGUCUACCUGGACGACUUAAGAUACUUCGAGCUAUACAAGGUGGACAAGAAAGCACUGAUAAUUCGGCCACCGAUGGUCGUACAAUUCGUAUUUGCUGAUCUUGCUUCUACAGGACUACAAUACGGAGGUCUCGGAUCGUUCGUAUCAAGAUCGUACCUUCAAGCAUUGCACGCCACUGCCGAAGAUCGUCACCACAUAAUAAAUGAGCGGGAAUGCCUCGACAAGUUAGCGCCCUAUCGAGGAGUUAAAGAAAAUGAAGAACAAAUAUACUACGAUGUUCUAUCCCUGCCCCUUACGUGGUCAGCGUUCAUCUCUGCACGCAGCGGAAAGGAAGAAAGACUUUCGAAUUUGCUCGAGUUCUCUGAAUAUCAGCUAUUUUUUCUCAUUUACUGUCAUCUUCGAUGUACUGGCGCAGAACAGAAGGAUCCCGCAGUGUGUAACUUUCCAUUGCUUGCUUUUCCCAUGUUCUCUACUACAUUUCACUGUACCGGACUAAGCGAUUACACUUGCUAUAGAUAAACACUAUCUGUCGUGCCAAAAA